AACCUGAUCACUAGUCCCUAGUAUCAAAGUCACCUCGGCUUGGCUGUAUUGCUACUGCCUCUUUAGUACAGUAGCUAGAUAGGUGUUAGGUCCAGAAGUCCUAGAGCUGAAAUGGCCUAUCCAUGAUGCCUACUUAACUUAGUAAUGAAACUCAAGGACAUUAUUGAACCCAUUGGUGUAGACUAUGGAGGUCUCUCACAUGUCUGAUAAAGCUCAAUGGAGCCUACAGUGCUCUGAAACGUUACACCUCUUAGUGUAAUUAGUCAAACCAUCCAUAGCUAUAGGUGAUCAACUGAUGUCUGGUCUUAUUGUGUGAGGACGUGAGACAUUGUGUUAGGAUGUGGGACAUUGUUUGAGGAUGUGGGACAUUGUGUGAGGAUGUGGGACAUUGUGUGAGGACGAGGGGCAUUGUGUGAGGACGUGGGACAUUGUGUGAUGAUGUGGGACAUUGUGUGAGGACGAGGGGCAUUGUGUGAUGAUGUGGAACAUUGUGUGAGGACAUGGGACAUUGUUUGAGGAUGUGGGACAUUGUGUGAUGAUGUGGGACAUUGCGUGAGGAUGUGGGACAUUGUUUGAGGAUGUUGGACAUUGUGUGAGGACGGACAUUGUGUGAUGAAGUGGGACAUUGUGUGAUGAUGUGGGACCUUGUGUGAGGACGUCGGACAUUGUGUGAGGAUGUUGGACCAUGUGUGAGGACGUCGGACAUUGUGUUAGGAUGUUGGACCAUGUGUGAGGACGUCGGACAUUGUGUUAGGAUAUUGAACCUUGGACAAGGUUGUGGGACAUGUUAUGUAGGCGUAUCAACAUCAGGAUAUUAAAUGACACUGAGCUGCAGAUGACAAUUUCUUCUGGAGAUUUAUGAUAUAUAGUAUCUGAGUAAAAGACGGACAAAAACACUGCAAACUCCAGGCCUCCGCAGGAAACAGACGGAUGUGUUGAUGAAUAAUAUGUAGUUAGGAAAUGGCUGUUAUUUAUCAGUGAAUGACAGGCGGAUGUAGUCCACAAUACGCAGUAUAAUGGUUGUGCAGACAAUGACAUUGACAGGAUGAUCACAAUGGAAUUGUACUCCAGAACAAGAAUUCAGAAAAAAUGAAAAAUUUGAAAUAUGUAGAUGGAAACAUCAGGAAAAAGAAUUUUACAUACAGAAAAGAAUCUAAAUUGGUGAAAAUAGCACACACUUACAAAAACAUAGAAUAACUAAACAAAAACUUUUAUAUCAAGUCUGAAGUUGACACAAGUUGACACAGGUUUUAGUGGCCGACAUCUCCCAACAUUUAUACUGUUCGGUUGUUGACUCACACACACCUCACAUCAAACCGGUGCCAAUAAGUUUGUGUUUUUUGUCAAUAUUUCUCUGGACGGAAUUUGUUGUUUGUUUGCCUGGAAUGUCUAAUGACGUGUGUGCAUGAUAAAACAUUCUAUGGAAUCACAAACUUUCUUUCCCAUCGUUACGAUUAAAAUUGGAAGAAAGAGUUCUAACAAGGGAGAUAAUUCAGUAAAUAGGAUACAGAUAGACUUGCACAGACAAAAAUACACAGGGAGUUAUAAAUGAAUAGAUUGAGAAACAAUGGUAAUGAGGAGAGUAAUGGAAACAAUUGGGAAAUAGUGAAUAAUUAGAGCAGGUGUAGUUAUCUAAAGAGAAAUAACAGGCUGAGAUAAGGCUAGUGCUUUAUAUAGGAUGUAGGAAUCAGAUCAUUAUUGUGAACAGAUAGAAAAGAAUUAGCGACAUAGACAAGUUAUUUUGGAAUAGAGAGAAGAAAUUCGAUGAUAGAAAUCAAAAGCAAUGGAGAUAAAUGCUAGCUAUUUUGGACGGGAGAGCCAUCAGGGAUAGAUAUUGGAGGCAGGUUCAAUAACUGUUUGUGUUGUGUAAGUCUGGCUGACCCUGUUGUGGUACGGAGGCUGACUGAUGCACCUGAUUAGGCUACUGUUACUGAUACAGUAUUGUUCUUGGUCAUUCUGGCUGAAGUGUGGUGCCCUCGAUGUUGUGGCAUGUACAACAUGUAGAUGACCCUCAGUAGAGAUGUAUACAUACUGGUAACUCUGGAGUAUAAACAACCUCAAAGGCUUUUAUCUUCAAUGUGCGUUUUCUGAUACAGGAUGUGGAGAGAUACUUUUUAUUUCCAUUUCAUGGAAGUUAAAUACACAGUUUGGGUGUGGAUUCAAUAUCUCGAAACAGUCUCAGUGAAAUUAUUGAGUGGAUUUUCCUGAACUCUAUAGUGAAUAUGUUAUAGUAAUAAAGGAAUCCAUCAUAUGUUCAGCAAUAUUUUUGAAAUGAAAGAUUGUGGUUUAGAUAUUGGGAAUUUUUAAUAUACUGUCCGGAUUGUCUGGGUCAGUUUUUGUGGCCGGAGGUGAUGACCACUCAGUGCUAGGUAUCAGGAUCAAUAUCGGACACCAUACACACUGGACCACGCGGUACACAUGAUAUUGACAUAAGUAUUGAACAUUACAAAUGAAGUUGCAGAGCCAUUGUAUUGCAUUGUAAACGAAGCUGCAAAAACCGCUGGUGGGAUCAAUUAUUGCCGGUUGAUGAAUGAUAUAUAUAUACACCUGUAUAUGAUUCCUGUACGGAAAAUUAGAUAGGAAAUAUACAAACGUGGAUUUGAUGUGUAAUAAGUAUCGUGUCUAUCAACACUCAUCUUCAGACACCAGCUGUAGAGGCUGACUGUAUAAUGUACAAGUCACUUGCGGAUGUUGACAUCUGAUGACGCUGUAUUGAAGUACCUGGUCCGUCAUUAGGUCACUGUGAAUGUGUUUAUCCAGAUAGCAGCCCCACGGAUUAUGUAACUGUUGUCUGGAUUUUUGUUACCCGUACAAUAUUACCUUGAUUCUGGUGGAUUUACUGUUUACAAAACACAGAUAUCUAUUUUCGUUGGAUUUACAUUGAGAUGUGUGGUGUAUUUUAAUAUCCUGUUUCCUGCGACAUCUCCAUCAGAUUUCUGGAGUUUUAUGUAAAUGUGAAAAAUUGACUAAGUUUAUACAAGACUUUUAGAGUAUUUGACCUUCCUUAUCUGAUUUCAGUGUCCAAAAUAUUAGCCUCUCUAGCAUGCUCGGCAGUUAUAUAAUACACAUGUUGAAGCUUGCUUGUCCAAAUGACUAAUUCUGUGUUGCUUUCAUCCUAUACGAUUAUCAAUGGAUGGGAGACCAAAGCAAUAUGUCAUCAUAAUUUCUGUUGUGCUGGUAUCCAUGGUUACUGAUGCCGAGAUUGACUGACAUUUCUGUGAUGGGCGGCAAUGCGUCCAUAGGUAGCUAUGCCACAAUUUUUGCGAUCCUUUUCUGUAUAACUACCCUGCCACUUAUCUACCUCUUUUUCAUCUUUUGCCAAAAGCGGAGGGAACACACCAAACAUGUGAGGACCGGAUCUCUCAAGUCCACUAACACCACGCAGACAAGUCCAAAUGUCUCCAGGAAGCAGAGAUUCCAGAGACAGGACUCCACCUCCUCCCAUAGUAGCUCUAGUCACCAUGACAGCCUUAAGGACCGUUCAGUCAAUGGUGACCGUGUGCGUCGACGAGGUAGCCAGUCAUCUCAGUCGACCACAGCUGGCUACUCGUCCUCCAGUCCAACAAUCUCAGGGGGUGUUAUUCGGCGAGACUCAUCUACAGAGAUGUCUCCGCGUAGCAUGGACUCUCCACGCCUACACCGCGCCCAGAGCAUGCAAAGGAAUGUGAUGGAACACAGUGCUCCGCCUAGUCGUUCUAGCAGUUACCGGUACACAGACCACCAUGCACGCGAUGACAUUUAUCUUACCCAUGGCCACCCGCACAGGGCAGGCAGGCAAGGUAGCUUUACGGAGCGUGACUACGGAAGUAAGUCAGACUCGUACGGGACCAGAUCCGAAUCUUAUACACCACCCUUAGGUAUGAAUCCAGAAAGUUUUAUGCACGACCUGCAUGAACGGCUCUACAGCCCUGGUUUAUCGUCAGCGUCUUCGUCCCGCGGAGAACCCGAGUGUAUACCAUUCAGUCAGGAUAUUGUGAACCAACAAGGCAAUGUUAGCCCCAGUCCACUGAAACCAAAAACAAGGUCAUUUCCACGAACAAAUCCAGCGUAUGUUGGAGUACCUAAGCGUAACGGUACUCCUUCUGUCAUGUACAAGAGGCUUAAUGUUGAACAACAAAUGACAGAAAGCCAUCCCGCGGAACCUAUGACUUACAGUUCCGCGGGCAUUCAGAUUGCUCCUGGAGAUUAUGUUGACAAUUAUUACUAUCCACACGAACGAUCUGACAGUGAGGCAUCUCAUUCAUCAACACGUGCGAUAAAACAUGAACGAACCGACAGUCAAACGUCUCAUUCAUCUCGGAAUCGUGAAUUAUCUGAUUCCCAGUCUUCCCAAGGUUCAUCACGGAAUACCUCGGAUAUUCAUUCUUCUCAAGGUUCAUUAAGACUACAACACACCCAUGACAGUACAAUAUCAUUUCAGGACAGUGUUUCAUCGCGUAGUUCAGCUCGUAGUUUUCAAGAUCAAGAAAUGCUCCGGGAACAAGCUGGAAGUCGAUUAUCACAAAAUUCCUAUAGGGCAUCGGAUAGUGAACGCAAUCCUGAUUACGCAAAUAUUCCCUCUAAAAUCGUACCAGUGUUCCCAACAUCAUACCCACAGGAAACAAACCAUUAUCGUGAGGUCCUCAAAGACCGACAGAAUAUCCUUGACAAUGUUAAUUACCUUGACGGUAUUCCUCUCUCCACCCUGGAGUAUAACCAACAUCUAGACAGGGGACAUAACUCUGUCAAUACUGUUCAGAACUCUAAUUUCCAACCUGGAGUGGAAUUAAACGAGAGCUAUGACGAGGAUGUCAACAGUAACGUCUUCUCUUCAUCGGGAAUACAAGAGCGAAUACAACAAGAACUUGCCCUGGAGAUGCACCCUGCCUCUUUAAAACGGAAAAAAAAUCCUGAAAUGGCCGAUUCGUCUCAGGGUAGCCCUGUAAUAGAAAAAGGUUACCUUGUACACCAGCCCGACGUCAUCCAACAGCGACCUGUCUCAAUGGUAGUACCGUCUCAAUCCGACGCAAACGUCUCUCUUAGUCCCAGCAUAGGAUCUCUCAACAGACAGAUGUUCUUGUUUCAGACAAGAGCUGGUACCGCUCCCCCUAUCAGAGCAGCGAGCCCGUUAUCACAGAAACAGAAGUUGCCCUCGGACAGUGACAUUGAAAACUAUGCCCAGCAGUACAUGAACCGACACAAAAAAGGACUCUUCGGCAAGAAAGUUUCUGUUGCGACCAUGCUGACUUGGUCAAAGGAUCCUAUCCAGAAACCAAUCCUACGAACAGAAGACAAGGGUGUGAAGAAAGAAGCAUGUGACGUCUUCAAACUGAUCCAGAUUUACAUGGGCGACAGGAAGGGAAAGCACUCUCAGAUGCAGGCUGCGCAAGAAAUAGUCAUCAAGGGAUGGAAUGUCGCAAAUCUUCGAGAUGAGAUCUAUAUGCAGAUCUGUAAACAGACAACUGAAAAUAGAAAAGAAGAAAGUUUACAGAGAGGCUGGGAGUUGAUGGCAAUUUGUUUGAACUUUUUCCCUCCAUCUGUGAAGUUUUAUUCCUACCUCGAAGGGUACAUCCAGCGCCACGCUGAAGACAUCAUUGAUCUACCCAACGUAUGUAUGGUUCCCAUCAGUCACUUUGCUGCCCAGUGUCAGAGACGACUGGACAAGACCAUGCAAUCAGGACCAAAGAAAGGCCAGAGAAAACCAACCCUGGAGGAAAUCGAACAGGCAAAGAAAUCUGUGUUCUGUCCAUCAAUGUUUGGAAGCACUCUGAAGGACGUUAUGCUACUACAGAACGAUCGAUUCCCCGACAGACAGAUACCUUGGAUACAGGUGGCGCUCUCAGAGGAGGUACUUCGUCUCAAUGGUGCUCAAACGGAGGGAAUUUUUAGAGUGCCUGGUGACAUUGAUGAGGUAAACAGCCUGAAGAUAAAGUGUGACCAGUGGAUGUUACCCACUGACUGUAUAGACCCACACAUCCCAGCAUCCCUCCUCAAACUGUGGUACCGGGAGCUACACGAACCCCUCAUACCCCAACAUUUCUACGAGGAGUGUAUAGAAAACUACUCUAAUGGGGAGGCGGCCAUCGAAGUGGUAAACAAACUCCCCGACAUCAACAGGCUGGUUCUCGCCUAUCUCAUCCGCUUCCUACAGGUAUUUGCUGCCGAAGAAAAUUCAAAAACUACAAAAAUGGAUGUGAACAAUCUGGCUAUGGUGAUGGCCCCUAACUGUCUUCGCUGUGAGAGUUUGGAGCCUCAUAUCAUAUUUGAGAACACACGCAAGGAAAUGGGAUUUAUUCGGACCUUAAUUCAAAACCUAGACACAAGUUUUAUGGAGGGAAUCGUAUGAUGAGGUGUGGCACUUAGGAAAGAAUGGCAACCAUUUAUUUAGAUGAUUCCUGUUGUCCUGGGAUCCUUGUGUGGAAAACAAGAAAUACACAUGUGAAAUGAUCUACAAAUUGUUUGUCAACAUAUGACACCAGUAUGCGCGAGGCUACACAGGGAGUUAUAUUUUUACUGUCUGUGAACUCUUGUUCCAGAAUUGUUAGAGUACAAAGGAAAUGUAAUUAGAAAACUGCAAUCCGGAGAAACAGCUAAGUGUGUCAGAACAAAACCUAACGUAAACAUGGUUAAAGUGUGUGGACAUCAGACAUACUAACAGAUUCAGAAUGAAGCAGGUAUCAUCCCAGAGCCCAAACACAACUAUUGUACAAUUGUUGUUAUGACAGUGUGGUUGAAGAAAUCUUCAUGUAAUUUUUUUUUUUUUUUUUUUUGUUGAGAAUAUAGUAAAUUUGUCCACAUUUUCUGUUACUUUUUAUCUGAAUUAAACUGCUGCUAUGACAUGAAGUAAUUAUAAUGAUCUGCAAAGAGUUAGUCUAUACCCGACACUCCAAACUUUCUCACACUAGAUUUGCCUUAUUUGGUCAACGUUACAGCAGAUAAAGAAAUGUUCCCAUUGCCUUGGACAAUUUGUCUGUUUAAAUGUGUUUGGAUGUAAAAAUGGUGUUAUUAUUCACAUCUUUGCAUAAUUUUUUUUAUCUUUUUUGAUAGUGCUCUUGGUAAACUUACAAGAUACAAUAAUUUUAUGGAGGCUUUUUUCACUGUCUUGAAAUUUCAGUCUACAAAGAAAACAAUACCCUAGUAAGUUCCCCUGUUUAUCUGCAAUGAGUGUUAGCUUUUUCAGAACAAAUAAAACCUGUGAGUUCUUUAAAAGUAACAUAUUUGCCACUAUGUGCUGUGUGGCCAUUCUGGAAUUUGGGAAAUUGGAAUAAUAUUGAAACCUUUUUUAAAGUCUUCAACAAUGAGACAUAUUAGUUAAGGGCAAAGGGAGAAUCGGCCAAACCUGAAAAUAGUUAAAGGACCGUUGUUACGUCAAAUAAGGCAGGCAGGUUUUGUUAAAGUAUGAAAUCCAGUCUUAAGUUAUCAGUAGAUAUAGGACGAUGCCCAUUUAGUAAAGAAAUAUAUUAGUGCUUAUAUAUGUGACAGCAAUGGCCAACUUAUUUGAAAGUACGUGUUUUUUGCGUUAUUCAAGCAGCCUUGAUAGUGUUCACACAAAUAACAACCAGAUGUUAAAUAGUGUUGACUUUCUUAAGGAAUGCCUUUAGGAUGUUGGUGAAUUUAAAAUUGAGAAUGAAAGACACAAGUAAGGAUGAAUGAAAUAUGAUAGUUUGUACAUUAUAGGAUCUUAAAAAAUGAACUCCACCAGAAAUGGCAGACUUGUGACACAGGGUCUCAAAUCACUAGAAAUAGCAGACUUGUGACGCAGGGUCUCAAAUCACCAGAAAUAGCAGACUUGUGACACAGGGUCUCAAAUCACCAGAAAUAGCAGACUUGUGACGCAGGGUCUCUAAUCACCAGAAAUAGCAGACUUGUGACGCAGGGUCUCUAAUCACCAGAAAUAGCAGACUUAUGACGCAAAGUCUCCAAUCACCAGAAAUAGCAGACUUGUGACACAGGGUCUCAAUUCACUAGAAAUAGCAGACUUGUGACGCAGAGUCUCCAAUCACCAGAAAUAGCAGACUUGUGACACAGGGUCUCUAAUCACCAGAAAUAGCAGACUUGUGACGCAGGGUCUCCAAUCACCAGAAAUAGCAGACUUGUGACGCAGAGUCUCCAAUCACAAUGGACGUUUUAUGUAAAUGUGCUUCAAAUAUCUUUCCUGGAAAUAUCCGUUUUCAUGACUGGAAAUUUUAAAAAUAUGUCAGUUCAUCAACCUUUGGAUGUUUUUUAUGCUUGUAGUGAUAUGCAAUGACCAAUAUUUGUGUUAUUUUCUUCAAUCCACCAUUUUAUUUGGCUUUGGUACGUGUUGGUAUGUAGAACAAGACAGUGGAGAAUUGGUGGGAUAUCUUUGUGACACAAGCCUGCUUAUUUUAACCAUGUAUAUAGUGUACAUAUCUCGAUGACCUAUAUAGUGUAUAGACUGUACAGUUAAUACUAGUAACUUAUUGUCGGUGUAUAGUCAUAAUGUAUUCUACAGAGUAUUUACAAUGUAUUAUAAUCUCACUUAUUACAAAUGUAAAAAAAACUUACAUAUAUGUAAUCUAUCAUCGUGUGUAUGUCCGUAUAUAAUAUAUAUUUAUGUAUCUUUAAUUUGUGGAAAAAAUUGCUCCGUCUCGGAUUAAUUUUUAAGUGGACAAAGUUAAAACAGGUUUUAUAAUAAGUUAUAUCAGAUAUAUAAAUAGUUU